CGACGAAUCCAAAUCCAAAUCAAGAUAAAGAUUUUUGAUAAAAGAUUCUCUGUGAAGAGUUUUAUAUCAAAUAGUUAAUGGUGCUUAUUUGAAAUAUCAUGGCAACAUUUUAAGAAAUUAGAAAAAAAUGUUUAUAGUCCUUUGUAACUCCGAAUGUUAAUCUAUGAAUUAUGAAAUAUGCGAUAUUGUAGAAUUUUAGUCGCAGAAGGGAGUCGAUAUAAGAAUUAAUCCACACUUAAGUACACGUCCAUUUCUUAUAUUAACAUCUCAAAAAUAUUGACACGUAAAAAUAAAAAUUUCCAGGUAGAAGGAUUCUGUAUCAAGUGGAAAAUCCACCACCGUUCUUAAGACAAAACGAGUUUCAAGGGCAAACAUUAGUUUGAGAAACCAAAUAUCCACAGAGGUUUUUAAAUAUAAAUAUUCUGGAAAAAAUCAUCAUAAUUACAUCUUUUUACUAAAAUUGUAUAAUACAUAAGUCAUAGAAAGCAUUAGGUAACACCAAAAAUAAUUUCCACAAAGGUUGAAGGAGUUGUCCGUGAAAAGAAUAAUCCUUUUGUUACUUAAAAAAAAAUUAAGCUACCAAAAACAAAAAAGUAGGAGGUUACAGGUAAAAUUUGACCUCAUUGUUUCACAGAUAAAACUAAAAUUAGAUUAAAUAAAAAUUUAGAUCAAAGGAUUACGUGAUACGAUCAUGCACAGGUAGUCGACUAUGACAAAAGCAAGUUCUUGGAAAAUCACAAAAAUACGAAAAACAUGACGAGCCAAAGGAUUAAGCCGAACGCAGUUAAAUCGCCUUCACUCAACCUCGUUACCUGUGCCUACCUGCAAUGUGUGCCAAAUGACUGAGAAUCACCUAUAAAAGAAGCGACAAUCAUUUCGAAGAUGUAGUAUCACUUCUACUUCGAUAGAGUCACAUUCCACACGAUCAACUAAAAAGUCUUCUAAUAUCUGCUAUAAUAACUCCACCGAAUACUAUAUAAAGGCGGUUGUUUUCUAAAACAUAAAUCUCAAGGAAAAAAUACUAAACAACUUUUCGUCUAAAAACUCACAACGAACGAAACAUUUAAAAAAUGAACAAUUUAGAGAAACAAUCCAAAAACAAAAACACCGGACAAAGCUUCCAGAAACUAGUUGACUGGGUGCAAGAAGAGCAUAAACCUUUGGCUACAAAGCUAAAACUGAAUUAUUUACAGCUAAAACAAACAUUAGUAAAGAUCGCUACAAAUAAACUAAUACGACAGAAAGAAGACAUAACGAAACAAAUUGACGAGCUAUUAAAGCAACAAGAAGAACUCGAACAAAAAGUAGAAGAACUUAUUAAACGGGAAGAGUUAGAAAAUCUUUUAGGAAAAGAACUACAAAAAGAUCUCAAACUUAACAAGAUCGAACGUUAUAAUAACGUGAUGCUGCCAAAAACCUUGCCACCAUUAGAUCAGUACAUAAAACUCAAUUUACCAGAAGUCAAGUUCGUGAAACGUUUACGUCGCUUUCGGCAUAUCUUGACACGAAAAUUUUUGCGUCACUAUGGUUACCCAGUGGCAAGUUACUUCGAUGACGGCUCUGUGUUGAUAUAUAAGCACUCGUUUAAGCCACGAAACCGCUCAGAAUAUUGGGGCCUGAAUUUGGAGGAACGUGUUUGCGAACGAUGCGAUCAAUCCUUUUACGUGAGCGAAUCUGGAGAAUAUUUAAUCAAAGAAAGAUGUGCCUUCCAUUGGGGGAGAUUUAAAGAGAAAUUCACAUGCUGCGGGGGUAAGAGAAACUCAGAGGGCUGCGAGCGUAAUAAGCUGCACGUGUGGAAUGGGAUUAUUGAUGGGGAAAACGGACCCUAUGAUGAUUUUCUGUACACACAACCACGCUCCGAUAAAUCGAAUGAUGAAGCCAAAGUGUACGCUUUGGAUUGUGAAAUGUGUUACACUGGACGUGGACUCGAAGUGGCCAAAGUAUCGUUAGUUGGUUACGAUGGUCAAGUGGUGUACGACCAUUUUGUGAAGCCGACAUGUGAAGUUGUCGAUUAUUGUACACGCUUCUCAGGCGUAACCGCCAAAGAUUUAUGUAAAAAGCAAAACAAAAAUUUGAAGACCUUUGCCGAAGUUCAAAAGGAUUUGCUGGAACUUAUCGAUGCCGAUACCAUACUCAUAGGUCAUAGCAUGGAGAACGAUUUGCGUGUGCUGAAGAUUGUUCAUAAAAAGGUAGUCGACACUGCACACGAGUUCCCACACCCAUUAGGCUUUCCAUAUCGUCAUUCGCUUAAGAAUCUGACUAAGAAAUACUUAAAGCGCGAUAUACAAUGUGGCAACAACGGUCACGACAGUGUGGAAGACUCUCGUGCCUGUUUGGAGUUGGUGAUGUGGAAGGUGCGUAACAGGAUCCCUCCAAAGCGGCCGGUCAGAUGGAUAAGAUAAAUAUUUUAUAUUAAAAAAAUUAAUUAUUUGCACAAAAAAAAAACAAAAAAAAGGAAAAAUUAUAAAAAUAAAAAAAAAAAAUAAACAGUUGAUGUAAUUUGUAAGCGUAUAAA